AUGCCACUAUCGACCAUCGUUGUCGUGCAAAGUCUAUUUCUUAUGAUAAUUCUCAUUCAUGGCGAAGACUCAUUUGAUUGCACGGGUUAUGAAGAUGAUUCAUAUCAUCCGAUAUAUGAUGCUGAUGAUUGUCGCCGUUAUUGGCAUUGCAUUUAUGUCGAUACUGUUUAUAUGCAUGCAGUUAAACGUGUUUGUCCAGCGGGAACUGAAUUUGAUGCAACAUUAAAAAAAUGUGAAACGUCUGGUCAAGUGGAUUGUGUACCACUUAAAUCUCCACGUGGAUCAAGAAUGACGACGACUACAAAAGCAUGGAAAUGGAAAUAUUCAAGAUUAUUUUCACAAAAAUAUCGGAGAACAACAACACCAUAUUUUAUAACAACAAGAAAACGUCGUAUAUUUGAUGUAGGAGAUUCUGUUGAGGAAGAUAUUACAACAGUGUUAAUACCAGAAGUCGAAACAACAGAACCAAUGCAAGUAUUACCAUUUACUCAACCUCCGACGGCAUCGACAAAUGUGUUUUUUCUUGAAAAACUUUCAAAAGAUCUCCAUGCUCUACUAUCAAACCGUCGAUCCUACAAAAGUCGAGCUGGAACAGCUCAACUUUUCCAACCAGGUGAACCAGAAAAUGAAGCAAUCAUUUACACGACAACAACAGCAAGACAACGUAUCAGACGAACACGAUCAACUACUCAAUCGACUUCAAUUCAAAUGACAACACAAUCGCCAUUAACGACUUUCUUUAUUACAGCCGAACCAACGACAAUUACCAUAACGACUGCACCGAUCAUACUUCAUACAACGAUACCAACAACAACAGCGACUACUACUAAUUCUUCUGCUACUUUAACAUCAGAAACUACAACCAAAACUCAAUCGGACACAACAAUAAAUAUCAGUCCACACUUCCGUAUGAACGGUAAAAGUCGACGUAAUAAUAUGACGUUAUAUAUUUUAACAAGUGAUGAUCAUAAAAUUCGACGAUUUUCAAUUAAUCAUACACGUGGAUUUUUACUUAAUUGUAAUCAAUUACGACGUCGUCUUCUUGGCCGUCGUCGUUUACGCGAUAUAUUUCAAGCAAACUCGACUUACUCGCCAAUAAUGAGAUAUACCUCAACUUCAUCAAGACAAACAUUUCAUCAUAGUAUAUUGUCAUUAACAAUGAUAUUUUUGUUUUUUUUUACAAAAAUAAUUAUAAUUACGUAG